GGCCCGGAGGGGGCGGUGCAGUUCUUGGCGGUGGGUGACUGGGGGGGGGUCCCCGACCCCCCCUUUGCCACCCCCCCGGAGGUGGCCACGGCAGCAGCCAUGGGACGCGUAGCCACUGACCUCGGCGCCGACUUCAUCCUCGCCCUUGGGGACAACUUCUACUAUGAGGGGGUGCGAGACGAGUGGGACCCCCGCUUCCAGGAGACCUUCGAGCGAGUGUUCACGGCCCCGGGGCUUCGGGAGCUGCCCUGGUUCGUGCUGGCAGGGAACCACGACCACGCGGGGAACGUCACUGCACAGCUGGCAUAUGGCCACCACUCCCCCCGAUGGCACUUCCCCCACUACUACUACAGCCUCCGUCUCUCCCUGCCGGGCACCAAUGCCUCAGCCCGGCUGCUGAUGCUGGACACAGUGCUGCUCUGCGGUGGCAGCGACGACUUUGGGGCAGGGGGUGCCCCCCAGGGCCCCUGGGAUGCAGCAGCAGCGGCGGCACAGCUGGCCUGGCUGCGGGGACGGCUGGCGGCUGCACGCCAUGACCGCUACGUGUUGGUGGCCGGCCACUACCCAGUGUGGUCAGUGGCCGAGCAUGGCCCCACCACCUGCCUGCUGCGGCUGCUGCGGCCGCUGCUGCGGCAUCACCGCGUCACUGCCUACCUCUGCGGCCACGACCACAACCUGCAGUUCCUGGAGGAGGGGGGGGUGGGCUACGUGGUGAGCGGUGCCGGGAACUUCGUGGAAGGGUCCCAGAGCCAUGGGGGGGCCGUGCCCCCUGGCUCCCUCCGCUUCUUCUUUGGAGCCCCCACCUCCCCAGGGGGCUUUGCUCACCUGCGCCUGGACGCCCACGCAGCCACCAUCACCUUCCUGGAGGCCACCGGCCGUGUCCUCUACCGUGUGGCCUUGCCCCCACGUGACCUCUGACCCCAGCACCCCCAAGACUUGCAGUGGAGGUGGGGGUGGGGAACUGGUCUCUCCCCUCCCCCCACAUGGGGGGGGACACUCAUCAUGGACCCGUGUCCCCCAUGCGGCGGGACCCCCUGUAACCUUUGACCUGGAGGACAGAGGGGAGGACCCUUGUGAGCCCUGACCUCGGGGGCCCCCAAGGCCUUGUGGGUAUCCACAGCCCAGACGCCCCCCAAUAAAAGGACUUUGGACCGAGACUGUUAUAAACGAUAACAAUUAAAACAAUUUUAUUUGGGGUUCAA